CCCCCUCUUAGGCAGGACACGAUGUGGAUCCAAGUACGCACCAUGGACGGCAAGGUGACCCACAGGGUGGACUCGCUGUCCAGGCUGACCAAGGUGGAGGAGGUGCGGCGCAAGAUCCAAGAGCUUUUCCACGUGGAGCCCAGGCUGCAGAGACUUUUCUACCGGGGCAAACAGUUUGCCAAGUAUGCCGCGGUGCUUCAGACGCUGCCCGACGUGUCUAGUGCUGGCAGAACAUUCUGGAACUGGUACCCCGAGAACGGCGUGGUGCAGAUGAGCUCCCGGGACGUCCGCUCGCGGGCCCGCACCGUCCUGCCCUGGGAGGAGCUGGAGGUCGGCCAGGUGGUCAUGCUCAACUACAACCCCGACAACCCCAAGGAGCGUGGCUUCUGGUACGACGCCGAGAUCCUGCGCAAGCGCGAGACGCGGACGGUGCGGGAGCUGUACGCCAACGUCAUGCUGGGGGACCACUCCAUCGACGACUGCCGCAUCAUCUUUGUGAAUGAAAUCUACAAGAUCGAGCGCCCGGGCGAGAGCACCCCAGUGGUGGAGAACCCCUUGCCGCGGAAGAGCGGCCCCUCCUGCAAGCACUGUAAGGACGAUGACAACAGGCCCUGCCGCAUCUGCGCCUGCCACCUGUGCGGGGGCAAGCAGGACCCCGGGAAACAGCUCAUGUGUGAUGAGUGCGACAUGGCCUUCCACAUGUACUGCCUGCGUCCACCCCUCAGCAGCGUCCCCGAGGAGGACGAGUGGUAUUGCCCGGAGUGUCGCGUUGACACCAGCGAGGUAGUGUCGGCCGGAGAGAGGCUGAAAACGAGCAAGAAGAAGGCGAAGAUGGCGUCGGCGACCUCCUCCUGCCAGCGGGAUUGGGGCAAGGGCAUGGCGUGCGUGGGCCGCACCAAGGAGUGCACCAUCGUCCCGCCCAACCACUACGGCCCGAUCCCCGGCGUGCCCGUGGGCACCAUGUGGCGCUUCCGCGUGCAGGACAAUGGGGACCACUUCACGUACACGGGCAGCGGCGGUCGGGAUCUGUCCGGGAACAAGAGAACCGCGGAGCAGUCCUGCGAUCAGAAGCUCACCAACACCAACAGGGCACUGGCUUUGAACUGCAGCGCGCCCAUCAAUGAGCGCAGAGGGGCCGUAGCCAAGAACUGGCAGGCAGGGAAGCCGGUCCGCGUGGUGCGCAACGUUAAGGGCCGCAAGCACAGCAGGUUUGCGCCCACCGAAGGCAACCGCUACGACGGGAUCUACAAGGUUGUAAGCUACUGGCCCGAGAGGGGCAAGUCGGGCUUUCUGGUGUGGCGGUAUCUACUACAGAGGGACGACGACGAGCCCGAGCCCUGGACCAGGGCAGGUCAAGAACGCAGCAAGAGGUUGGGGCUGACCAUGCAGUAUCCCGAGGGCUACUUGGAAACGCUGGCCAACAAGGAGAAGGAGAAAAAGGGGAAAGGAAAGGGAAAGGCGAACAAGGCGGCAGAGCCACAGGAGGAGGAAGAGCCGGAGGAGGAGGCGGCGGAGAAAGAGGAGGAAGAGCCGGAGUCCAGGUCGGCCAAGGGCCGAGGCAAGCGGAAGCGGAAGCUGGCAGGAGGCAAUGGCGCGGACCCCAGGUCCCAGCGUGGGGCGCCCAAGAAACCGCUGGUGGAGCCCUACAGCCUGACGGCCCAGCAGAACCGGCUCAUCAAGGAGGACAAGAGCAACGCCAAGCUGUGGGCCGAGAUCCUCAAGUCGCUGAAGGAUGGGCCGAAGUUCCUGAGCGCCGUGGAGGAGACGUUCCAGUGCAUCUGCUGCCAGGAGCUGGUCUUCCGCCCGGUCACCACUGUUUGCCAGCACAACGUGUGCAAGGAUUGCCUAGACCGGUCCUUCCGGGCCCAGGUCUUCAGCUGUCCUGCUUGCCGUUAUGACCUGGGACAGAACUACACCAGGCAGGUCAACCAGCCGCUGCAGGAUGUCCUCAAUCAGCUCUUCCCCGGCUAUGGCAACGGGCGGUGAUGGCGCAGGCACCUAGCGCCACCACCCCUCCCUCCCCGCACCCCCACUGCCCAGCAAGGGGGGGGAGAUUACCCUUUCCAGCCCUCAUUUGACUUGAUUUCCAGUGGGCUUAAUGUCCACAUGUAGGUCUCUCAAACCCCCCUAACAUGGCUUGUCUUCCUGUCCUUUUUUAAGAAAAAAGCAAAAACAAAAAACCUGUACACACCCAGGAAACUUUUAUAGAUUGUGGCAAGAGAAGAAAAAACAAGUAGGACUUCUCCAUUGCUCAUUUUAAAGAAAGCCUGCCGUUUUUCCACCAGGGGAAAGGCAAAAAAAGACUGUUUUUAUGGCGAGGCUGAGGGUUGGGGUUGGGUUUUGGCUUGAAAGAUGGGAUUACAAACUGCUUCCCUUCGAGAGAAGGCAACCAGGCCCCCAACAGUACGGGGUGGCCCAGGGCCUGUCACCGCCACAGAGAAGCCCGAGGGGCCGAGCCCAGCCACUGAGAACUGUCCUUCCCCCGGUGUGUGGCUCAGGCUCCGAAGGGCCAGCACUGCCGUCGUCAUAUGGGGCCGAAUUCCCACCCAGGACAUGGCGGGGCUGCUGGAGCCAUCACCUGGAGGUGCAGAGGAGAGACCGGGUUUGGCCUCCUGCGAACUCACCCUGGUGGCUCCCACAGCAGCGGUUCAAGGACACACAGCAGUUUUGGAGCGCUUUGGAGACCAGCCCCUCUGAGGCCCCCCUGCCCCGCCCCAGCCACCACCGGAAGCCCUGCUGACAAACGCACAAAGCCUCGUCCAAGUGCCUUUGGAUUUUUGUUGUUUUGCCUCUAGUAGCAUCGAAAACAGCCAGAUCAAAAAGCCGCUCGCUCCUGCGGUCUUGGUGGUUCGACCCUGCCUUUUAGCCCAGUUUUUACACGAGAAUUUUAGCCUGACAGCGGACAAUUACAAGAGGGGUGUCUGUUUGUUUUUUUUUAACACUUUUGAAAUGAAAUGUUUUUGUAGUUACUGUGUAUGUACCCAGGGAGCUUUAAAGUAGUGGUGGUGGUGGUUUUGCUUUUGGUGGGGUGUGUUGGUUUGGUUGCUGGUUUUUGUUUUACACUUCUUUGGAAUGGUUUAAGUCUGGCGAUCGGACCACAGUUUGCAGCUCAUCCUCACGAUCCACAGACUAGACACACUCAUCUGCACACAGCCUGGUGCCUACUCAGAGGUGGUUUGGUUUGGUUUGGUUUCAAACCCCUCUCUCGUGAUAAGGCUGUUAAUGUCUUAGGGAAAUAAUAAUAAAACUAUGACAGAUUCCCUUGUGUAAGCUUUUUGGAAAGCAUUCAACAAUUUUAUCCAAAUUUUAGAUUCCCACAAUAAAUGUCUUUGACAGCUCCA